CCGUCACACCAGUCAGCGGUUGCAAAUGGCGACAACCACUAAAUUCGUGGCAUCGAAUUGUGUUUAGUUCACAUUUUUAGGGAUAUUCCGCGACCAAAUAGUUCGCGCAGUAGUUCUUCUCCCAAAUUGGUGGUUCUGAGCUAAAAGAAACAAAAUGCCAGCCGUUCGAGGGGAUGGAAUGCGUGGACUUGCUGUAUUUAUUUCAGAUAUCAGAAAUUGUAAAAGCAAGGAAGCAGAAAUUAAGAGGAUAAAUAAAGAAUUAGCAAAUAUCCGAAGUAAGUUCAAAGGAGAUAAAACUUUAGACGGUUAUCAGAAAAAGAAGUAUGUCUGUAAGCUGUUGUUUAUCUUUUUACUUGGACAUGAUAUUGAUUUUGGACACAUGGAGGCUGUUAACCUACUAUCUUCCAACAAAUAUUCUGAAAAACAAAUUGGAUAUCUUUUCAUAUCAGUCCUAGUAAAUACAAACAGUGAUCUCAUCAAACUAAUUAUUCAAAGCAUCAAAAAUGAUCUUGCAUCACGUAAUCCUAUUCAUGUAAAUCUUGCUCUUCAAUGUAUUGCAAAUAUUGGAAGUAAAGAAAUGGCUGAGGCAUUUGGCAAUGAAAUCCCGAAACUUCUUGUAUCAGGAGAUACAAUGGACGUGGUGAAACAAAGUGCAGCUCUUUGUCUAUUACGACUUCUUCGAACGGCUCCAGAUGUUGUUCCUGGCGGUGAAUGGACUUCCAGAAUCGUCCAUCUGUUGAAUGAUCAACAUUUAGGUGUUGUUACUGCAGCAGCGUCAUUGAUAGAUGCUCUAGUAAAACGAAAUCCUGAUGAAUACAAAGGCUGUGUAAGCCUUGCAGUCUCGAGACUAAGUCGAAUUGUAACUUCAAGUUAUACAGAUUUGCAGGAUUAUACAUAUUACUUUGUGCCUGCUCCUUGGCUUUCCGUGAAGCUCUUAAGACUUCUGCAAAAUUAUACUCCACCUGCAGAAGAUCCUGGAGUUCGUGGAAGAUUAAAUGAAUGCUUAGAAACAAUAUUAAAUAAAGCUCAGGAACCACCAAAAUCAAAAAAAGUUCAGCAUUCAAAUGCCAAAAAUGCUGUACUAUUUGAAGCUAUCAGUCUUAUUAUUCAUAAUGACAGUGAACCAAAUCUAUUAGUGCGUGCUUGCAACCAACUUGGACAAUUUUUAUCCAAUCGCGAAACGAAUCUCCGUUAUCUUGCAUUAGAGUCGAUGUGUCAUUUAGCAACAUCAGAAUUUUCUCACGAAGCAGUAAAAAAGCAUCAAGAGGUUGUUAUUUUAUCAAUGAAAAUGGAAAAAGAUGUAUCUGUACGUCAACAAGCUGUUGAUUUGCUUUAUGCUAUGUGUGACAAGAGCAAUGCAGAAGAAAUCGUUCAAGAAAUGUUAAAUUAUUUAGAAACUGCUGAUUACUCUAUAAGAGAGGAAAUGGUAUUGAAAGUGGCCAUACUAGCAGAAAAAUACGCCUCAGAUUAUACUUGGUAUGUUGAUGUUAUUCUAAACCUCAUUAGGAUAGCUGGUGAUUAUGUCUCCGAAGAAGUUUGGUACAGAGUUAUUCAAAUUGUUAUUAAUCGCGAUGAUGUCCAAGGGUAUGCAGCAAAGACGGUUUUUGAAGCUCUUCAAGCUCCUGCUUGUCAUGAAAAUAUGGUCAAAGUUGGUGGAUAUAUUCUUGGAGAGUUUGGUAACUUAAUCGCUGGUGAUUCACGAUCUUCUCCUUCAGUUCAAUUUCAACUUCUACAUUCCAAAUAUCAUUUAUGUUCUCCUAUGACGAGAGCUCUGCUUCUGUCUACGUAUAUUAAGUUUGUGAAUUUAUUCCCAGAAAUUAGAAGUCAAAUCCAAGAUGUCUUUAGGCAGCAUAGUAAUUUACGUAGUGCCGAUGCAGAAUUGCAGCAGCGAGCGUCGGAAUAUCUUCAGCUCAGUAUCAUAGCAUCAACAGAUGUUUUAGCAACAGUCUUAGAAGAAAUGCCAGCUUUCCCGGAAAGAGAAUCUUCCAUUUUAGCUGUUUUAAAGAAGAAAAAACCAGGAAGAGUACCAGAAAAUGAAAUCAGAGAAAAUAAAAGUCCUGCACCGAAUGCUAAUCAUCAUACUGAAUCAACUGCUGCAGCUCCUGCCGUAAGUGUUAACAACUCUUCUGCGGAUCUUCUUGGAUUGUCGACACCACCUUCCUCACAGCCUAGUAGUAAUACUGGAGUACUUCUAGACGUUUUGGGUGACAUUUAUAACAUGCCCAAUAAAGUCAGCGCUACGAAUGGUGCACAGAAUUCGUAUAAUCCUAAGAAAUUUGUCUGUAAAAACAAUGGCGUACUAUUCGAAAAUGAUUUUAUUCAAAUAGGAGUAAAGUCAGAAUUUCGACAGAAUCUCGGUCGUGUGGGAUUAUUUUAUGGCAAUAAAACACAAACUGCUCUUCAUAGUUUUCAAACACAGCUUAUUUGGUCAGAUGAACAACAAGCAAAGUUAGCUGUUCAAGUAAAACCAGUAGAUCCUAUGCUUGAAGCUGGUGCGCAAAUUCAACAAAUGAUUAAUGCUGAAUGUAUUGAUGACUACAAUGAUGCGCCUAGUAUGAUGAUAUCAUUUGUUUAUAAUAAUAUCCCUCAAAAAAUUACGAUGAAACUACCAUUAACAAUAAAUAAAUUCUUUGAGCCAACGGAGAUGAAUGGUGAAUCAUUUUUCGCUCGGUGGAAGAAUCUUGGCGGCAUUAAUCAACAACGAUCGCAGAAAAUUUUCAAAGCACAGCAACCUAUGGAUCUAGCUCAAGUACGUACUAAAUUACAAGGUUUUGGAAUGCAAUUGCUCGAUGGCAUCGAUCCUAAUCCGGAUAAUUUUGUCUGUGCUGGAAUUGUACACAUGCGAGCUCAGCAAGUUGGUUGUCUUCUACGUCUUGAACCUAACAAACAAGCACAGAUGUUCCGACUAACCGUACGUUCAAGUAAAGAAUCGAUGUCAGUAGAAAUUUGCGACCUUUUAGUGGACCAAUUUUAAUCGCUGAAAAAAUCAAAGGUACUGACUUUAAUUAUCGAUAAUUACCAUUAAAAUAUAAAGUGAAAUAAUUCGCCAACCGUGCAGACCUAAGAUACCAAAAAUCUUAUGUCUUAAAUGAUAAUAAUGUUGAUUAUUCAAGUAUAUAAACAUCUAUAUCUGGUAUGUUCAAAAUGUAACCACAAAGUUCAGUUGGUAAAUCAUAUCGGAUUAAAUAAAUAGCUUUCGGAAGCAUCAUAAUACAUCUUUGAAUACAUUGAAUUCAUUCAAAAAAUUGAUAAACAAUCAUUACGAACAGCUGAAAAUGCCAAUGAUAACAAUUCAAAUUUCAUACAAAAA